AGUCACCACCACGCGCCAUAUUGCUUUCCCAGUUGUAGCUAUCCAGUAGCACAGCUUUCUUCUCCACAAUGCUUUCCAAAGUAUUGGGACAAAAAUAUGUCUCAAUUGCGAAGGCCUGGGUCCCCACCAUGGCUGUGUGGGGAGGGGUUGGAGGAACUGCAGUAGUUCACUUUACAGACUGGCGAUUGAUCCUGGACUAUGUGCCCUACAUCAAUGGCAAGUUCAGGAAAGAUGAGUAGACUUCAUGGUCUGAUGGUCUGUUGAGGACUGAUUGGGAUAUCAACAGCUCAUGAGCCCAGAUUUACUUCAUUAAAUGGACUAGAAAGUCAUCAUCUGUCUUGCUUUGGUUUAUCAGAGAUAUAAGAAAGCAAACAAUAUGUAUAUUUAUUUUAACCACAGCUGGUUCUCACAAUACCAGUAAUAAUUAGUAUAUGUCACAAAUUACAGAUCGUUUUAAAUAUGACAUUUUGUGUCAACUUUUCCCCUCUCAGAACAGUCUCUCUCUUUCUUUUUUUUAAGGAAGCUAUCCAUUUAAUUGAAAGUAAACUGAUUGCUAGCAGAAUCAUUGCCCUGGAUAAUCAAGCCAUAUUUUUAACUAAAAUUACUGAACGUUGAUUUCCAGUACAUCUGUCUGAAAAGAUCACUUACACUAUCCUUCCGCAAUACCCUUCUGUUGGAAACUAGUGGACCUUUUAAUGAAGCUUUCAUUUUGUUCUAGGUUUGUUUGGGGGUUUUUUUGUUGGGUUUUUUGUGCACUAUCCAUAUCUUCACAUGGAGGUUGGUUAAUAGUACUUGUCAAAUAAAAGGAAUGAAACUAUAAA